CGUUAAUUAGCCUGCACCUCUGCUAGCUGGCUGCACAUCAUGCAAAGUUGCUCAAAAUCAAACACCUUGGAUUAGGGCAUGCAUGCAUUAGGCCCUAUAAAUUGGCUUGGUUUUCGUUUCCUACUCCCUAGGUAGGCUUUCCUACUAAUGUAGCCGUUUUGAUCAAGAUGCAUGUGUUUCUAGCCGUUUUGGUGUGCUGUGGCACAUUGCUUGGGUAUUGGCAUUCUGAUGAUUUGUGCCACAUACACCAAAGUGGAGUAGAAACACAAGUUCAGAUACCUUCAGUGUCUUGUAAACAAUAAUGUCCAACGGAGAGCUUGUCGGCAUUCCUCCACGGUGCAAAAAUCAGAUUUACUGUUAGGAAUUCGACAUUACACAAUGAAGCAUUAAGGUAUGAAUGUAUAAUUUGCAGAAGAUUUAGAAGGUUACGGCUACCUUAUCUUGUUUUCUCUUUGUUUCUUUCUUUCUUUCUGUGGUUUCUAUAUUAUGCAAGACAUUCAAACUCCGGAAUAAUCCAAUUAAACAAGAACCAGUACAGCAUCGUGUUCUUGAUUGCUCUUCUUCCUUUUUCCCAUUUGCCAGCAAUCAACCAUCCUUUUGCUUCCUAUUUGUCUAACCUUUUCUAUGUUCUUCGCUUCAAUCACCAAUAGUGGCUGAUUGGCACAAUUUUAAGUUGCUAGUUACUGAAGAGCUGCACCAGUUUCUACAAUUUUUUUUUACAUUUACAUACAUGUUUAUGAACUUCAAACUGCUGAUAACAUAUAUAACAAAUAUUUCAGUAUUCUCAUAGAGUUGGCAUUCUAAGGCCUAUACGGCUAUAGACAUGGCUCUGAAAGCAAAAGUUUGACAGAUUUUGCAGAGUACAGGCUAGGGCUUAUGCCCUAUACUAGACUUUACAGUAGAGAAAACUAGUGGAUAGCUGGUUGAUACUAUCCCUAAGCUAGUCCCACUUGUUGGAACAAGUACCCGUGAAAUCAGCUUGAUACUUGAUUCUCCCUCCGUCUCAAAUUACUAUUUAUUUUAGCUUUUCUAAGUAUACAACUUUUGUUAUAUAUCUAGAGAAGUCAAAACGAAUAGUAAUUUGGAACGGAUGGAGUAGAUAGCAAUUACUUUGUUGUGGUGUUUUUCUGUUCAUGUGCAAAGUAUUCGUUUGCACUUUUGCCUUGCUCAAUAUAUGAACCACCAGACCUCUUUUCACUAGUUCUUAUUCGUUACGAUCAAUUAAUCACACUUAAUCGAUUACUCGGGUGGCAGAAGGAAGGUUCUGUAGUUCGAUUCUUGUGAUGCCAGUUCUUUCUUUUCUUAUUUGGAACAAUUUAAAUUUUCACUGUCUAUUCUAUGUUCUAAUGCUUCUUUGCAAUAAUCAUGCCACUGUUGUAAUGACUUGAUCAGAUACGAUACGAAGAGGUGCAAAUGGCAGCCUUGCAGGACAAUUUUACUAAUCACGUGUGAUUCUUUCUCUGCCUGCUUUAGCAGCCCAGAUGAAUGUGUCAACUCUGCUUUCUAAUUAACCCAUUUAAUUUAAUUACUCUGCUAGUACCUAUGUUGCCUUCCAUAUGAUGAAGUUGUGGUGACAUUCUGCUGGGGACAUGUGCCAAGCAAUGUACCAACAAUCCUCUCUUGUCAGAAAACAGCAGUAACAGCAGCUGCUACUGCUCACUGUCACAGGAAUGAUUAGCAUAAACUUUAUUUUAACAAGGUCAACUUGGGCAGCCUUAACACAUGCACCACGGUACAUAUCCUUCACGCCUGGUAAACUUUCUUUAAUUCUUGUGCAGGACAUGUGCCCAGAUCUUAGCCAGGGUGCUUGCAUCAGGACAACACCAAGAACAUACCCUCUUAUCUCCCUUUGGGUUAACUCUAUUCUGCAAUGGAAGCCUCCUGUCCCUCUGACUGGUAAAUGUCAUAGUACUAGCACUGCUUCUUUUUCUCAAAAUUACAGUCCCUGUUCUUGUCCUACUAGCUUCUCUGUGUACUCUUACAUCAGGAUCAGCUGUAAUGUUAGGCCUUCAUCUACACAAAAUGCAAGAGUAGAUCUGCUUCAGAGCUUCAUAAGCAGAACCUUCCAAAGAAUAGGCCGUACGAAUACCCAGUGUUUACAGCAGGUCGGUCUCUGAUUAUUAGUACUACUAGUAAUCGGACCCUGAAAGCUAGAGCAGCUAAUCUACUGUCUGCAAUGACAGGGAAUGUAAAUUAAACAUGCUAUUAAUCUACUCUGAUCUGAUGGGGGCAGGCACAAAGUAAAAGACUAAACAAUGCCACAAUUGCCCAAAAGCAGGUUGGAAAAGCCAUGACUUUAAAACGCAUUCCCUCCAUGUUCCAUGUUCUCAUGUUUCAUCCUCUCCCACCUCCGUCUCCCAGCUCACAUUCGUUCACUUGGUGAGGUGUCCAGGCACUAAACAAACAAUAUGGUGGCAUGUUAAGAAAUGCCAAGAAGAUUCAUUAGAUUAUUACAUGCUUUAACCAAUCUCCCGGUGAGAAUGAUAUAAAGCCUUUUCUGCUACCUUCACCUUCUAGCUAGCUGCAGCCCCUGCUGUUCCUGCAGAUGCGGUGUCAGUGAACUUAGCUAGGCAAGCCAGACAGUGUCUCUGACAUGGCGCAGCACUAGAAGCAGCAGAGCCAGAAUAGGUGCUAGAAGAAGCAGCUGAUUUCAUCAGCUACCAAAAGCGCUUCCAGGAAAGUACUAGAACAUUCUAAUGGAAGCAAGAGCGCCAGUGCUGGUCCUAGCAGUGACACUGUCUUUGAUCUUGGCCACCGGCGUUGGCGCCGCCGCCGGCGACGAACGGGCGGCGCUGCUCGCGCUCAAGGCGGGCUUCGUUGACUCGCUGGGCGCGCUCGCCGACUGGAAGGGCUCGUCGCACUGCAGCUGGACCGCCGUCGGCUGCAACGCCGCCGGCCUCGUCGAUCGCCUCAACCUCUCAGGGAAGAACCUGAGCGGCAAGGUCACCGAUGACGUGCUCCGGCUGCCGUCGCUCACCGUCCUCAACCUCUCCUCCAACGCGUUCGCCGUCGCACUGCCCAAGUCGUUCGCCGCGCUGUCCAAGCUCCAGGUGUUCGACGUGAGCCAGAACUCCUUCGAGGGCGCGUUCCCGGCCGGCCUCAGCUCCUGCGCCGACCUCGCCAUCGUCAACGCCUCCGGCAACAACUUCGUCGGCGCCCUCCCUGCGGACCUCGCCAAUGCCACCUCCCUCGAGACCAUCGACCUGCGGGGCAGCUUUUUCGGCGGCGACAUCCCGGCGGCGUACCGGAGCCUGAUCAAGCUCAAGUUCCUGGGCCUCUCCGGCAACAACAUCACCGGCAAGAUCCCGCCGGAGCUCGGCGAGCUCGAGUCGCUCGAGAGCCUCAUCAUCGGGUACAAUGCGCUCGAGGGAAGCAUUCCGCCGGAGCUCGGCAACCUUGCCAGCCUCCAGUACCUCGAUCUCGCCGUCGGCAGCCUCGACGGGCCCAUCCCGGCGGCGCUCGGCAGGCUCCCGGCGCUCACCUCGCUCUACCUGUACAAGAACAACCUCGAAGGCAAGAUACCGCCGGAGCUCGGCAACAUCUCGACGCUCGUCUUCCUCGACCUGUCCGACAACCUGCUCACCGGCCCGAUCCCCGACGAGGUCUCGCAGCUGAGCCACCUCCGGCUGCUCAACCUCAUGUGCAACCACCUCGACGGCACCGUGCCGGCGGCCAUCGGCGACAUGCCGAGCCUCGAGGUGUUCGAGCUGUGGAACAACUCCUUGACGGGGCAGCUACCGGCGUCGCUCGGCAAGAGCUCGCCGUUGCAGUGGGUGGACGUGUCGUCGAACUCCUUCUCCGGGCCAGUGCCGGCUGGGAUCUGCGACGGCAAGUCGCUCGCCAAGCUGAUCAUGUUCAACAACGGCUUCACCGGCGGGAUCCCGGCGGGGCUCGCGUCGUGCGCGUCUCUCGUCCGCGUGCGCAUGCAGAGCAACCGGCUGACCGGCACGAUCCCGAUCGGGUUCGGCAAGCUGCCGUCGCUUCAGCGGCUCGAGCUCGCCGGCAACGACCUGUCCGGGGAGCUCCCCGGCGACCUCGCGCUGUCGACGUCGCUGUCGUUCAUCGACGUUUCUCACAACCACCUCCAGUACUCGCUGCCGUCGAGCCUCUUCACGAUCCCGACCUUGCAGAGCUUCCUGGCGUCGGACAACAUCAUCUCCGGCGAGCUCCCCGACCAGUUCCAGGACUGCCCCGCACUGGCCGCGCUGGACCUGUCCAACAACCGGCUUGCUGGCACGAUACCGUCCAGCCUGGCGUCGUGCCAGAGGCUGGUCAAGCUCAACCUCAGGCACAACCGGCUCACCGGCGAGAUACCGAAGGCGCUCGCCAAGAUGCCCGCGAUGGCCAUCCUCGAUCUGUCGAGCAACUCCCUGACCGGCGGCAUCCCGGAGAACUUCGGGAGCUCACCGGCGCUGGAGACGCUCAACCUCGCGUACAACAAUUUAACAGGUCCCGUGCCGGGGAACGGCGUCCUGCGAUCGAUCAACCCGGACGAGCUGGCCGGGAACGCCGGGCUGUGCGGCGGCGUGCUCCCGCCGUGCUCCGGGAGCCGCGACAUGGGCCUGGCGGCGGCGCGCCCCCACGGCAGCGCGCGCCUGAAGCGCAUCGCGGUGGGCUGGCUGGCCGGGAUGCUCGCCGUCGUGGCGGUGUUCGCGGCGGCGCUCGGCGGGCGCUACGCGUACCGGCGGUGGUACAUGGGCGGCGGCGGGUGCUGCGGCGACGACGAGAGCCUCGGCGCGGAGUCCGGGGCGUGGCCGUGGCGGCUGACGGCGUUCCAGCGGCUCGGGUUCACGAGCGCCGACGUGCUGGCGUGCGUCAAGGAAGCCAACGUGGUGGGCAUGGGCGCCACCGGGGUGGUGUACAAGGCCGAGCUCCCGCGCGCGCGCACCGUGAUCGCCGUGAAGAAGCUCUGGCGGCCGGCGGCGAUAGACGGCGACGCCGCGGCGGGGAACGAGCUGACCGCCGACGUGCUGAAGGAGGUGGGGCUCCUCGGUCGGCUCCGGCACCGGAACAUCGUGCGGCUGCUGGGUUACCUCCACAACGACAGCGACGCGAUGAUGCUGUACGAGUUCAUGCCCAACGGCAGCCUGUGGGAGGCGCUGCACGGCCCGCCGGAGAAGCGGGCGCUGGCGGACUGGGUGUCGCGGUACGACGUCGCCGCCGGCGUGGCGCAGGGGCUCGCCUACCUCCACCACGACUGCCACCCGCCGGUGAUCCACCGCGACAUCAAGUCCAACAACAUCCUCCUCGACGCCAACAUGGAGGCCCGCAUCGCCGACUUCGGCCUCGCCCGCGCCCUCGCCCGCACCAACGAGUCCGUCUCCGUCGUCGCCGGAUCCUACGGCUACAUCGCGCCAGAGUACGGGUACACGCUGAAGGUGGAUCAGAAGAGCGACAUCUACAGCUACGGGGUGGUACUGAUGGAGCUGAUCACGGGGCGGCGGGCGGUGGAGGCGGAGUUCGGCGAGGGGCAGGACAUCGUGGGGUGGGUGAGGGAGAAGAUCCGGAGCAACACGGUGGAGGAGCACCUCGAUGCGAACGUCGGCGGCCGGUGCGCGCACGUCCGGGAGGAGAUGCUGCUCGUGCUCCGCAUCGCCGUGCUCUGCACCGCCAGGGCGCCGCGGGACCGGCCCUCCAUGCGCGACGUCAUCACCAUGCUCGGCGAGGCCAAGCCGCGCCGAAAGAGCGGGAGCAGCGGCGCCGGCAAGGACGCUGGCGCCGCCGUCCCCGCCGCCGUGGUGGUGGACAAGGACAAGCCGGUGUUCAGCACCACGCCGGACUCAGACUACGCAUAGAUUUUGUUUUCUUUCAGUCUCAGUGCCUGUUAAUGAUAAUUUGUUCUUGUACCUAGAUUUUGAAAGAUGCAGGGUUUUGAGCCUGCAACCACAAAAUUUGCUGUGAAGAUUAACUAGCCAGCCGUAGA